CCUAGCUGUCUCCCGGGGCAGGAGGCGCGCACGCAGAGGGGGUAACACCUUCCCCUCAUGCGGGGCGGGGGGAGCCUUGCCCAGGCGACAUGGAGGCCAGAGGCAGCUCGGCUGCAAAGGAGGGGCGAGCCCCAUCUGUCCCGCAGGACCCUGCGUGUCCUGACUCAAUAACAUCCCCAGAGGCCAAAAGAGGAAGUUUGUAUGAAGACUGGCUCAUAAGGGUUUACUGUCCAGGAUCCCAACGCAUGUAUGAUGUGCAAGCUCCAGAACAGCCUGUCCAGAGAAUCUCACCAUCAGUGUCCGAGAAGAUCAGAACAAUAAGCACUCUGUGCAAAAGAAAAUCUUCAAAAGAUUGGCUAAUGCAGGAAUCCUCAACUCCUUUGCAGCCCUGUUCAGGAGCACCUAACAUGGGUGGUUCAGAGAACCAAUGGUUACUAAAGCUGAAAUGUCCAAGGUCCCAGACAGAGUAUGACCUGCAGACUCCAGAACAGAGGGCCACCUCCUCCCUGGCUAGGAGCAGAUCCCCAAGCACUUUUGGCAGAAGUGCUUCUGAAAGGAAAAAAGCUUGUGAAGAUUGGCUAACACAGAAGCGGUUUUCUCAAGUGCAGGCAGUAUCUAAUGAAGGCCAAGAUAUUAUUGCUGCUACCCAGUCCAUCUUGGACAGAGAAAAUUAUUUUGUAAAGGAAGUGGACAAGUAUUUGAGACACAGAGAUUUCUUAGAGCUGAGAAAGAAGGAGAUCCAGUACAAGAAAUGGCUGGAGUGUGUUUCAGAGCCGCUGCUGCAGAAAAUUGAGGACAAAGUUGACAGCCAGUCAAGUGAAGAAAUAGAGGAAAGGAAACGAAAGCAGCUCUCUCUAUAUUUAAACUACUGUAAUAAGAAGGGUAAGGUGGCUUUGGAAGAUUAUGAUUCUUCAGAGUACGACCCUCUCUUCCUGAAUACACAUCCCACCUAUCUGAAGGCGAAGGGUGAAGAGAAACCAUAACGCUGGCACCCUGGACUUCAAGGCCUGGGCUGACAGCACGUGUCCUCCCACCCUUUGGAAAGAGGAGAUGUAUAUCUACUAGAAAGUUGGUCCUGGGUGCACAUACCAAAUCUUUCUGCCAAAGCAACUGACCACUUGCCAGUUAUCUUGACAAAAUGCAAUAAAACCAGCUUGCUAACCAUUCCUUUCUGAACUGCCUAUUGCAUAACAGUACAAACCCCAAAGAAAUGCAAAGUACUCUGCGCUACAUGGAUUUCCAGCCCCAGUAACAAUACUGUACAGACUACAGAUCUGAGAAAGUUAAAAUGGCAGGAGCUUCAUUUAAAAAUGUCACUGCAUAGAGACAGAUGACAAUGCUAAAACACUGAAGUUUAUCGCAAUGCUGUGAAAUGUUUGUAUUGAAAAGAGAAAUAAAUCACCGACAUUUUCCCUACCUUCCCAGCCAUUAUAUAGCCUUCUUAACAAUCCCAGAGACUGCCUAACUAAACAGACAACAAGCAAGACAGGAAAAGGACAUUUCUAGAAUCUGCACAUUCCUAUAUAAGGUGCUCUAUUACGACUCCAGGUCUGAUUUACUUCAGAUAUCAAAAAGUGCAGUGAAAACGUGUUAGGGAAAGCAGGUCCCUGGGUUGUCCUUUCCAAGACCUUGAAGGAGACCAACAUUCACUUACUAGUUCCAGAUCUUGUUUAUUUUCCAGUAGGCUAGAACUCUGAGGAUGGGGCACCUUGAGAAUCUCAAAAACAAAUCCUCUGUCUGAACAAUGAGCAAAUCAAAGUGCCCCUGGCCAGCCAACCUCAGUUUGAUGGAGGAAGGUAAGUGUAGCUUCUAUAGUAGUUAAACAACAUUCUCAAGCAACUGUUUGAGCUGGUAUUUACUUCACUGUUAAAACUUUGUACGUGAAAAUAAAUGUAUGCGUGUGAAAUAUAAAAUAAAGUUUGCUUACUAAUAUCA